AUUUGGCGACGACAGAAAAACCGUUGACAUUUUGAUUUAAAAUUCCAUUUGGUCAGUUUUUUGCCGUAACGAUUGUAGAGAGGUCUUGACUGGAAUAUAUAGCGUAUUACAUUAAAAAACCUGUAGCAAUGUUCAACCGAACUCCUGCAGUUAAAGACAACCAUAGUAAAUCAACAAUAAAUAAAGAAAAUCAACAUGUUAAAAGUGCGGGUUAUACAAUAAAAUCAUCCAUAAGAUCGUCAUCUUCAAGUAAGGAUGGCAAAACAACGAAUUUAGCAAGAACUACACCCUUAAUUGAUCUCAGGAAUCCUACCCAAAGUAAAAUGAACACAGCUGAUAGCAAAGAAAGUGUGAAUAUGAAACCUCAAAUAAUGACGGAAAAGGAACCCCAUAAAACAGAAGCCCCUGCAAAGAAGCAAGAAGAAAAAAAGAAAUGGACUUUAACAGACUUUGAUAUAGGCAGGCCCUUAGGUAAAGGCAAAUUUGGAAACGUGUAUCUUGCAAGGGAGAAAAAAUCAAAAUUUUUGGUAGCUCUAAAAGUUUUAUUUAAGAGUGCUAUUAAAGAGUUUAAUAACGAACAUCAAGUACGCAGAGAGGUAGAAAUUCAGAGUCACUUAAGACAUCCAAAUAUUCUAAGGCUGUACGGCUAUUUCCAUGACGAAAGUAGAGUUUAUUUGAUAUUAGAAUAUGCCCCAAAAGGAGCUGUAUAUGUAGCUCUCAUGAAAACCCCUGACAAAAGAUUUGCAGAAGAUGUAUGUGCCAACUACGUAGCUCAGAUUGCAGAUGCCUUAAAAUAUUGUCAUGCAAAAAAAGUGAUUCAUCGAGAUAUAAAACCUGAGAAUUUACUUUUGGGUAACAAUGGUGAGAUUAAAAUAGCAGACUUUGGCUGGUCAGUACAUGCCCCAAGUUCAAGAAGAACCACUUUAUGUGGAACAUUAGACUACUUAUCUCCUGAGAUGGUUGCUAAUAAACCUCACGACGAAAAAGUUGAUCUUUGGUCGCUUGGCGUUCUGUGUUAUGAAUUUCUUACAGGAAAACCUCCAUUUGAGGCUAGCGAUUUUGAGAGUACCUACAAAAGAAUCUGUAUGGGUGCCUUCAAUUUUCCACCAUUUGUUUCAGAAGGCGUUAGAGACCUUAUUAAAAGACUUUUAGUGGUGAAACCAGAAAAUAGACUGGAUUUAGAUUCUGUUCUGAAACACCCGUGGGUAUUAGAACAUUUGAAGACUGAAGAAGCAACACCAAGCACUGCACCAAAAGAAUGAAUGAAUUGUGAUAUAGAUUUUUCUAGGGUAAAAUUUAUGGUUUUUAUUAUGUAUAUCAGAGGUAGAUGAUGUAGACCAGUCUAUACUGAUUUUUACUGAGUAGUGCUAGCCGUUUUGGAGGAAAAUUUUAUAAAUUCCUAAUAUGAAAUUCACUUUCAUUUUUAGUACAUUACUUUUAAUAAUUUAUAUUAACAAAGCAAAACUCAUAUUUUAAGAUAUUUUUUGUAUAGGUAUUGUUAUUUGAACAUCUAAACUAAUUACUGUCUAUGUAAGACUGUUUAAAAUACUUAUUUAAUGUCUAUUUUUAAGGGAUUUAUUAAUAAAACUCUUGUUUUAUGAUAUAAAA